AUGAAUGGACCAUUACAAGGACGAACAGAAGUACUUGAUUUGGAUUCUUCUCGUGCAAAUUCCAUGUCGUCUGAUUAUGAUACUGAUCUUGAAUCUGAAUGGUCAAAUCCAAAUUUAUUUUCUGAUGGAAAUGAUUUUUCUACUGAAACAAUUGAAAAAAAUCGAAAUAUUUACUAUCAAAAACAAUUAGCAAAUCAAAUCAAUAAUCAAGUAACAAAGAUGAUAUCAUUAUUAACUUCUACAUUAAAUAUUCAAUUAAAUAUUGGUCAAAGUUCACUAGUGAAUACAUCUCAAACAUUUGUGUCAUUAGAACCUGUAUCAAUUCAAUCACUCAAAAAUAAAGUUAUCAAACAAGUUGAAAAUACUCAAUUUAAUAUUCCAUCAGAUUUUAUUUUAAAUACAACAUCGAAUUAUUCAAUUUCACUUCGAACAAAAAUAGAUCCGCUUGCUUCAUAUGGAAAUUUUCCAAAUACAAAUCUUUCAAGAUCAGUUUCACUUUCAUUUGUUGAUCAGAAUGGAAAUGAAAUUUCUUUUAAAGCCAGUCAAAAUAAUCCAAUACAAUUGAUUAUUCCUCGUGAUCCAAAUGUAAUAAUUCUAUCAAUGUAUUUACAAAAUAUGACAUCAAUUAAUUCAACUAAUAAUAAUUUAUUAUUUAAUUAUCUUUAUAUUAAUAUAACAAGUUCACUUCCAAUUUCAAUUCAUUUUGAAAUUCAUUCUUUAAAUCAAAGUCUUGCUUAUUUAUUUAUUUAUAAAUUUGAUCAAACACCACUAUUAAAUAGUUCAAUUAGUAUUAUUGAUGGAUGGACAAUAUUUUGUCCUUUUAAUUUAACUAGUGAUGAUAUUUAUCGAUAUUUUAUCGAUAAUCAACAAACAUCUGGUCAUCAAUCAUUAAUAUUUGGAAUAAGAGAAUUAAAUUCAACUGAAACUGAUAAUUAUUGCUCACAAAAUUCUUCAAUAAAUAUUUUACCAAUUACUGAUCAGCCAUUUAAUUUUACAUCAAAUUAUGAGCUUCAUGGAUUAAUUGUUGGAUCAUUGACAAAUCAUUAUCAGACUGAAUGUCUUUCAACUCAUUUAACAACAUUUGCUGGUGUUUUUAUUAUUUUACCUGCACCAAUUAAUGGGAGUUACGUUUUUGCAAAUGCUGAUUUUAUGAAAAAUAAAACAGUUUAUUUAACAAUGAUAAUCACUUCAGUACUUUACAUUAUCUUAAUGAUUUAUGCACGUUUUAAAGAUAAGAAAGAUUUUGAAAAAUUGGGAGUAACACCAUUAGCUGAUAAUAAUAAAUCUGAUCAAUAUUAUUAUCAAAUUCUUGUUUUUACUGGACAACGAACAAAUGCUGGAACAGAUUCAAAAAAAAAUUUUACAGCAAUUCAUAAAAGAUUAAUAUUUAAAUCAUUGGGAUUACUAAAUUAUAUUCGUAUUUGGAAUGAUAAUUCAGGUGAAGGUUCUUCUGCAUCAUGGUAUCUGAAAUAUAUUAUUGUUCGAGAUUUACAAACAAAGGAUAAAUCUUAUUUUAUUUGCCUAAAAUGGUUUGCAGUUGAAAAAGAUGAUAAACGAGUAAGUCACUCAGCACAAAUUAUAUCAUUUAAUAUUGCUUAUGUUGAAAACUAA